AUGCUUCGGCACGAAUGGGCCGGCUCGACCGGAGGGAUACCACGGCCUCACAGAAAACCGACGUGAACCAACGUGCUUGCGUUGUGUUUCGUCGUGUGAGUGAGGUUACCGGAGGCCUUUUUUUUUUUUUUUUUUUUCUUUUUUUUUGUAAAAGUCUUAAAUUGCACCACUAUUUAUGUUAUGAGUCCCAUGUAAUAGAGGAUGAGCCUAUUGCCAUACAUCGGGCACAAUCCCAGACUACGUGCUACUACUGAGAAUUUUUAAAAACCCAAUAAUGCUUUGCCUCAUCUGGGAAUCGAACCCGAGACCCCUUACCCGGCCCCAGG